GCUCUGGUCUUUCUAACCGACACCAGCAUGUUUUCAGCUCCGGGCCGCCUGCAUGUAGCGCUCAGCUACUCGGUUAGCUCCCUGUAGACCACCGGCCGCUACAGCCCGAGCACGGAAUGCCCCGGCGGAAGAAGAACGGCCAGAGCCCCGCCAGAGCUCCCGGCGGGUCACCGGAGCGGGAAAGCCUCGGCCUCAACAGGGGCUACCCUCCACCGGCCGGAUUAGACGGUGCCAUGGCGAACACCUUCACGUCCAGCACCUCGCUGCCCAGCUCCGUGAAGGAGAACAUCGUCACGAGCAUGCAGGAGAUGUUCUCGCACCUGGACCCUGAAGUGAUCUACAUCGUUCUGUCGGAGUGCGACUUUAAAGUUGAACAUGCGAUGGACUCUCUUUUGGAGCUGUCUGUGGCUGCUGAGGGCGCAGCCCCCGCUCCUUCCCACGUCUCCGGCUUCGAGCGCACUGCUGCGGCCCUUCUCAGCCCGUGCCACUCCUCUGGACUAGGAUCCGAGUCCUCCAGACCAUCCCAGAGGCCCUCCUCUCCUCCCCCUCCCCCCAUCAGCCUCCUGACAGAAGAGCUGGACCUGCUGGUUGACCAGGAGCUACAGGCCCUAACUGCACAGCAAGGCUCCGAGGAAGAGCGUCGCAGCAGCAGCCUGUAUUUAUCUGUUGGUACGCCCCUCUCCUCUCUCCCUCCGCCGCCGUUCCAGCAGCAGGUCCACCCUGAGCUGCUUCAGGCCAGCCUGGAGCAUGGAUCUAGAGGGCCUUCUGGAGGCGGCCCGGUGGAGCAUUUCUCUGGAGCUUCCUCUCCACUCGACCAGCUCAGCGUUUGGAAAGAUGAGAUCGUAGAGGAGCAGAAAUCGACGGUGGAUUUCACACACUUGAUGCCCGAAGACAAGCUGAAGCCUCCUUUGGAACUGGCAACUUCGGGACGCCCCUCAGCCUUUCAGGUGUAUAAAAAGCAGCAAGACCCGUUACACGCCUUCUCAAACAAGACUGGGGUCGUGCCCUCUGAAGCAAUAGUUGGCGGAGCGAGAUCCAAGGUGAACACUUUGAAUCAGGAGCUGGUUGGCUGCAUGCCUUCAACCUGGAACGUGCAGGCACCGGUGUUUUCUCCCGGCGUCCACGGAAACCAGGGGCCGACCUUCAUUACCCCCGUGGCUCAUGCCCCGUCCGUCUGGUCCUGCCAACCCAGGCACGCCUCUCCCUGGCACAGUCAGGGCCCUGUCAGCCGAGCGCCUCUCAGACCCGCUGCUACUAUUCCAAAGUCCUGGGCCAUGACUGCCGUCCCACAUCCACCCGCCCAGCACAGCAGGCUUCGUUUGGAAGGGAACGUCCUCGUGCUGCUACGCGGUGCUCCAGGAUCUGGCAAGUCAACCUUGGCAAGAGCCUUCUUAGAGCACAACCCAGGUGGAGUUAGACUGAGCACAGAUGAUUAUUUUAUUCGCCAUGGAGUUUAUCAGUAUGACCCCACUGCUCUGGGGGAGGCCCAUGAGUGGAACCACAAACAAGCCAAGGAGGCGUUUGCAAGGGCCGCUAACCCCAUCAUCAUUGACAAUACCAACAUGCAGGGCUGGGAGAUGAAACCAUACGUGGCUCAGGCACUGAAACAUGGAUACAAGGUGCUGUUCCGAGAGCCGGACACUUGGUGGAGGAACAAGCCCAGAGAACUGGAGAGACGUACCAAACACAAUGUGCCCGUGGAAAAAAUCCGACGCAUGCUCGAUUAUUACGAGCGCUUCGUCACGGUCCAGUCCAUCAUGGGUUCACAGAUGCCGGAGAUGAAACAGCACCUCCUUCUGGAGAACAGAAGCUCGCAGCCUGUGACUUCUAAAACACCCUGUCCUGACCUUGUUGGGCCACCUGGAUUGGCUGAGAGAUGUAAGAACUCCCGCCCUCAGCUGCACUCCUCCCUCCCAGACGUGUCAUCUAUUGGUCGAUCUGGUGAAGUGGGAAUGCUGGAAGACGGCACCCACAAAUCCACAGAGUCCCUCAAUUUCCAACCUACCGGAACUCUUACGGAGACCCCAGAAAUGUUUGACGACAUCGGUGACAUAGAUUUGGGGGAAUUAGAUUCUGAGUUAGAUGCCCAAUUAGAGCUGAAUCGUGUAAUAGGAGAUCAGAGAAUCCCAGACUGUAUUGUGGAAUCAGUGAUGACCGAAGAUCCUCGCAGGGAUGAGUUGCCCGUGGCUUUCUCUGAAUCCAUUGCGCAAAGAGCGAGGAGAGAGAGACCGAGCAGGAGGUCUGGUUUCGACAGGUCGGAGCCCGCAGAUCUGGUGAAAGACACUAACCAAUCAGACAGCGAGGCGAAGGCGGCAAAAGGGAGUGAGACGGCGAGGGAUGGGGGAGAGAAGGGAAGGCCUCAGCUGUUUGAUUUUGCAGGUGAUUGGCCAUGCGGAGAGUCCCUCGAGCAGCGACGGGCGUGGAGAAGAGAUGGGCAUAGAGAUGAAAACAGGAAGGAAGAUGAAGGUGUGCCUCCAGAUACUGACAAAAAUAAAGCGAAGGUGCAGCCGGAACCUGACAUGACGGAGUUUCAGAAGCUUCUUGAUCUCAUUCAGACGGGCGCGGCCAAAACUCAAAUGGGCUCUCCCCGUUUGUCCUCACUUUCCCAGAGAUUUGGAGAGGAAGUGGAGAAAGAAGAAGAGGCGGCAGUUAACAGCAGCAUAGGUGAGUUACCUGACUGUGUGUUGGACUGGAAGGCGGCUGACUCUUGUAAGUUAAGGGAAUCGAGAAUUGACGGUUGGGAGGGACUUGAAGCCGGAUAUGAAGCCAGCCGCACCACAGGAGGGAAGGAUAGUGUGUUAGAGAUUGUCAGUGAAUCUGUGGAUUUGAAAUCAACUGACCAAACAAAUCCCAUCCCAGCUCUUACUGCUGAUUCCAUAGUCAUCUCCGAAACUCUGGAGGCAAAUGUAUGCCAUGAUGCAGUGGGGACCCACAAUAUUGUCUGUGAUGUUGGUGCAGGGCCAGCCGAUGGUCACACUGAUACGGACAGGACAGAGGAUGGCAGAGAGACUAAAGCUGAUGCCGACGGGAGUGGUAUUAGCGAGGCGAGCCAGAGUCCCGCGUGGGAGGGCUCUGUGGAGGCAGACAGCAGUGCCUUCAGUGGUGGCAGUCAGGAGAGAAAGCAGCGUCAGGGUCGUAGAUUGGGGAAACAGUGCAAACUGGCGCUCACCUUCACUCAAAACUGCCCCGCUUCUUCACAGAGUACUCCCGAAUGUCCCGACAGCGCAGCCCAAAGUGUGAAUAGCAUUCUGAAUAGCACUACCACAGACGUGGAACCUGUCUCUAGCCUAAAGCCAGACUUUGACCUGUCCAAAUCUGACGCACAGCCGCUGCCUCCUUCAACGAUUCUCCCAGCAGUCACGGGCAGCCACAGCCAGACGGAUCCUCUAGACUUUGCUCUUCUCUGGCGUCUGAAUCGUCGAGGCAACGAUGCAGUCGUCGUCGCCGCCUCCGCGUGUGGCCAAGCCGGCGGAAGCGUUGCAGUGCUGUCCGGCGAGUCCUCUCGCUUUGUGCCGGAGCUGUCCUCUGCCGUCUCAGCCGCGGUUGCCGUGCACCCGUCCACCCAAAGAGAGGUGCCUUACCAUGUGGCGCACGAGAAGGGCACGCAGGUGGAGGAGAAGGAGCUCGGGGCAACUCAAGACCGUCUGGAGAGCCUACGCAUCCUCAGCCGCCACUUCAAACUGGUCAGUUUUGACACUCUGGAGGACCUGUACGACAAAUGCCACCAGGACCUCGAGUGGACGACCAACCUGCUGCUGGACUCCGGAGAGAGGUUCUUCAGAGAGGAUGAUGUGGAGGAGGAGGAGGAGGAUGGUGCUGGGGCUGGAGCAGAGCAGAAGACAUCCAGUCGGGGUGGAGCUUUAGGAGAAACUGAAGUGACCAUUUUGCAUCCUAAUAUACAAGAAGAGCCAACUGGGUUUGAGGAGGUGACUCAGCAGUCUGCAGUUAGUGAGUCAGAUGACAGCGCCUAUAAUACCGAUGCCCAAAGUUUUGGAGGUGCAGCUGCUCCAGUUAGAAACAAAGAUCAUCCUGAUACAAAAACAUCUAAAGGGGAUCCGAGUGUGCCUCGUGCAGCAGACGAAGGAGAGAGACGUGGCGAAAGCAAAGCGGCAUCAGAAGCUCCCCAAGAAGGCGCGUCUUGGGCUGGAGGAUUAGACGACAGAGCGUUAAUUGAGGAGUCCAGAGUUGAGAUGGAGCAGGAGAUCGCCAGCAUGGACGAGGUCAACAGGCUGCUUCAGGCCGAGCUGGAGGAGAUGGAGAGAGACCAGAAGGAGGUGGAGGAAGAGGAGAAGAGGGCCGGGAGGAGGCACGCGGAGGAGAGAAGGAGCAGACACCUGGACAUUCAGAGCGUGGAGCUGAAACUACCCACUGAAGUGGCGAUGCAGCUAAUUGAACUGUUCGGUCCCGUCGGUGCAGACCCAGGUGCAUGCUCCGCUGAUGAAUAUGCAGUGCAGAUGGACCUGAACCUGGCCAAACUGCUCCACCAGAAGUGGAAGGAAACCAUUCAGGAAAAGCAGAGACAAGCAACUCUUUCCUUUCACUUGCUUCAAGAAAGUUCGGCCCACUGGGGGGAGUCACAGUCGGCCAGAGCUGGAUCACGAGACCAGACACAGAUGCUGUACAUGGACCACUGGAACGUGUCACGCCCCCACGUGUCUCUCAGAGAUAUCAUCAAAGAGGAGCAGGCUUUGCAGGAGAACGUGGAAAAAACCAGACAAAGUCGUGCAGACCUGGACCGGCGUGAUGGAGCCGCCCUAUUGAAGGAAAAACAGCUGUUCUCCCUCUUCCCUGGCAUUGACAGGCAUUUCCUUCAGGACAUCUUCAGAGACCACAACUACAGCCUGAGCCAGACGGAGCUGUUUCUCCGCUCUCUACUGGAGGAGGAGCCCGUCAAGACAGUGGUCGCCCCAGAGGCCCCUCGCUCCGACCACCUCAGAGCAGCCAGCAGGGAGAGAGAGAAUAGGCAGAAGCCCCUGGAGUCAGCCGUACUCGACUAUCAGGAUACAGAGGACCCAGAGUAUGUGGACUUCAGGGCCGAGGCCACACAACAAAGGGGCCGACAGCUCGAGUGUUUCUCCAAGGCUGCUGAGGCCCACAAGCAAGGACGCAAACAAGUGGCCUCAUUUUACGCACAACAGGGACAAUUACAUGGCCAGCGGAUGCGUGAGGCAAAUCACCGCGCAGCAAUCCAGAUCUUUGAGCGGGUCAACUCAUCACUUCUGCCUAACAACAUCCUGGACCUCCAUGGGCUGCAUGUAAACGAGGCCUUGCAGCAUCUGGCCCAGGUCUUACAGGACAAAACCACAGAUUGUGAGCAGGGUCUGUGUCGACCUCAGCUCUCUGUCAUCACAGGAAGAGGGAACCACAGCCAGGGGGGCGUGGCCCGCAUCCGCCCUGCCGUUAUAGACUACCUCACCAACAAACACUACAGGUUCACUGAGCCAAAGCCAGGUCUCGUGUUGGUCUCUUUGAAGUGAGAAGAACCUGGUUUACUGGAUUCAAGCAAAAGCUGCUAUGGAGGACAACACACUCUCACACACUCACACACACACACACACACACACACACACACACACACACACACACACACACACACACACACACAGACACACACACACACACACACACACACACACACACACACACACACUCACUCACUACACAAUCACACACUAUCUCUCUCUGCCACAUAUGGUACACACUCAUCCCGUCUCUCUUUUUUCUCCAUUAUCUUAUCUUUAAAAUUUAGGUGCAUUUUAGUUAAAAUCAUAAUCAUAAUUUAGUUCCAAAUAAGGUAUUUUUAUGCAGCUGUAAAGGUAUAAUGUAUGUACAUUUUAAAUGUAAAAAGAUUUUAUAGCGUGAACUGUUUUUCUUUACAGUUAUCUUUAUGCCUUUUAAAGACUAUGAUAAGGAAAACCCUGUGUUGAGUGUUGAAACAAGACGUUCUUUAAUCUUUCUUACAUUCACCGACGGGGAGUCAUGUUUGAGACAUAAUGUGAUGAUUUUAGGAAACUUUGAAUGGAUCAUUAUUGCGUACUGUUUAUUUCGAGGUUGCUCUCUAGGGAUUAAAGUGAUAAGGCAUCCAUUUAUUAGGGCCCAUAUUUAAGCCUUUUAUACGAUGGCAAUUUUACAUUUAAUACAAGUUAUCACGAAACCAAAUGCAGAGUAGGAGGAGAGUUUUUUUCUCUCUUGGUUGUAGGGCUACAGGGCGACUCUUCAGAUGAUCAAAAAGUGAAUAAAUAGGCUGAACACACUGCUCUGUGAGUUCUGCAGCGGUCGGCCUCUUUUGUCUUAGCAGCUGCCUCAGCAAUAUGCUGCCUCUGUUCAUUUACUUAAGGCCAAGCUUGGCUACCAAUAUAUUUAUAUUCAAACUCAGGUAAAGAUUCCACAUUGUUAGGUUUUCUCUUUGGUGGCCAGUCGAUUGUUUCCAGACUGUUCCUGGUAGCUUUUUUUUAACCCACUGUGCCAAAUCCUUUAAUGGUUGUAUUUCUCAGGGUGCUACACUAUGUUUGUAGGUUCAAAAUAGUUUCUGUGUGAUAUUUUUCAUAAAGCUGCAACGACAAUGUUGACAAAUUUUACUGACUGUACAUAAUGUUAUUGAACGCAAAUUGUAUUUUUUUAUUAAUUUGUUCAAAGGUU